AACCCCGAAAAAUAUUGUUUUAUUGAUAUUUCCGCUCCAUUCCGAAUGACCAGAAUGACCAACAUAAAAACAGCUUUGACACAUGUCAUUUUUGUUGUGAUUGAAAAACCGGACAAAAAAUCAAUUUUUUGCCUUUCUUUCCUGUGUUUUUAUUAAUUUCCUUUCUCCCAUCUGGCACAUUAUGGCUUCCAGUAGACCAAUGUCACAAUUCGCUAAAUUAUUAAAAACUGGAAAAGUGCAUGAUAACCAAAGCGUCUUAUAUAUCCCUUUUAAUUCACACGUUGCAACUGUUAAAUAUGAAAGAUAUAACGACCUUUACGAUUUAAUCCAUACGAAUAUUCCUGAUGAGUUGCAGGGUCAAGGUUUAGGCACUGUUUUUGCAGAGCGAAUUUUUGACCACCUGGUUGAAAACAACAAGAAGAUACGCUUAACGUGUGAAUUUCUGCAUAAAUUUUAUAUACGGAACAUGGAUAAGUACAAGGGUCAUGUUGUAGCCGAUUAAGGGACGUAAAAUAAACAUUUUUUAUUAUUGACUUGGCUUUUAAUUCAAAAAAAAUGGAAGAUCAGAGCGAUUACAGAUCAAACGUAUUUUUUUACUUUCGGGAAAAGUACUACAAUUUAAUGAUAGCGGCGUGUAAAGAGAGCGCUGCAAAGUUUAAGACUGAAAGCUCCUACCGUUUGUACCAAGCACUUGCCUUGCUCUUAAAUAAUCGUUUGGAGGAAAGUAUAAACGAGUUCGAUGCCUUAAAAAAUGAAAAUACUGUAAAACUCUCAGCCACAAUCGGGUUAAUGUACGCUAAUAAAAUUCUGGGUGUCUCGAACAAAGAACUGUUCCAUAAAUUAGACUCCCAAGUUCGAGAGUAUCGAAAGUCGGCCGAAGCGAUCGAUUUUUGCAAUUCCGGCUUCGUCUUGUUUGUUUUAAACAAACCGGAGAAAGCCCUUGACUACAUCGACAAGUCGCUUAAUAUUCAGUCGGACUUGGUCGAAGCUUUGGCCCUAAAAGGCUGGGUUUUGCUCCAUUUGAAAAAACUGGGCCACAGAGUCUCACAAAACAUUACAGAAAUAUUUGAACAAGCCUUAAAAGACAACAAACGGAACCUGGACGCCAUUUUGGGCGUCUCUGAAAGCUACCUAACUCAGAACAAGUUUGAGGAGGCUCUUGACGCGGUAAACAAGGCCAUAGUUCGCUACCCCAAGUCAGUUCUACCCUUAAUUCAAAAAAUGAAAAUUCAAUUCGCGUCCCAAGACUGGGAACCAACCGUUGAGACAAUGAACAGGAUCAUUAACGACAAAAUCGAUAAUCUCGAUGCGCAAAAAAUCAAUAUUUUGAUUUUACUGAGCCGUGAUGCUAACUACGACGAGGCUACAGUGUGCAUCAAAAAAUAUUUUCACGAAAUCGAGAUACAAGAACCCAAAAAUGGGAAAAUCCUCUCCGAUAGCGCCAAACUAUUCUCGCGCAUUUGCGGCCGACAUGUUGACGUCCUCAAGGAGACGCACAAAAUGGCGGAGCGAGCUAUUCAAAUAAAUUCGGAGGAUGUGGAGUUCAUUGUCGAGUUGGGGCACCAGUGUUUGCUUUCAAGCCGCAUAAAAGAGGCCCAAAAAUACUACAAAACGGCAUCAAAAUUGAACGAAUCCUCGCUGAAAGCCCUGAUGGGCCUCACACUGUGCGAGCUUUCCGAAAACGGCAAAUCUGACCAAAUCAAAAAGCAGGUCGAUUUUUUGCUCGAACUGGAAGAUGCUCAAAACUCGCCUCAACUGUACCUAAUCCGCGCUAAGAUUUGCGACAACUCGGACGAGGCUCUGAUCUUCCUGAAGAAAGCAAGUGAUCUCCAGUUGAGUCUCGUCAAACACCAGUACUAUUCUGACGCGUAUUUGCUGUCGCUUGAUCCAGAUUUCAUGCUGGACGUUGUGAGGGAAUUCCUCCAGUAUAUUUCAUACAGUAGUGACUUUAACUCGGUUCGGGUCACUUCAAGUGCCGCCAGCACGGCUCUAAACGCCCUAAAAGUGGUGACUAAGUCCUGUCCCGGCCUUUACGAAGCCUCGUUUUUGCUGGCAAAACUUCAGUACUUGACUGGGGACACCACUAACGCCAUGACCACUCUUGAGCAGAUUUUGGCUAAAGUGGAGGACGAGUCUUCGAGCGAAGCUCACCUCUUGAUGGCCCAAAUCCAAGUACAGAACGGUUAUUAUGAGAGAGCUGCCCAAAGCCUUGAAGUUGGGUUGAGCUACAACUUCAAGGUUCGGGAAAAUCCGAUGUUUCAUUACAUUCGGGGACUGGUUGAUAAAAAUUUAAAUAACGUUCCUGACUCUAUUAAAUUCCUAACUACGGCUCUAACUCUGGUCAGUCUCAGUCCACAAAGUACGACAUACAAGAGCAAGGAUCAGAGUGACUUGACUCUGAUUGAACGAGCGUCCAUUUACAUAGAGCUGAUUGAAGCACAUAACACGAUUGGCCAAAACGACGAAGCUGCAAAACUUCUUGAGACAGCAGUUGAAGAGUUUCAAGGGACACCGGAAGAGGCCCGAAUUUUGAUUUUAAGCGCAGACCACGCCGUUAAAAGGAAAAACGUUCAAGGGGCCAUAGAUUUAUUAAACAAAGUCAAGCCGAACGAAACAUACUACUUGCAAGCUCGGACCAAACUCGCCGAUAUUUUACUCAAACACCGCCUCGACUCGUACGCGUAUUUGCAAUGUUACCAGGACAUGGUGGACGAAAAUCCCGGCCCUGAGAGUUACCUUCUUCUGGGCGAUGCUUACAUGACGAUUCUAGAACCAGACGAAGCCCUGGAAUGCUAUAAUCAGGCCCUUCAGCAAAAUCCCAAAGACCCCCAUCUUGCUUUAAAGAUGGGGCAAGCGCUAGUCAAGACGCAUUAUUUUGCCCGCGCUGUGGCCUUCUACAAAGAGGCAAUUAACACGAUUCAAGACCCGGAGUUGAGGCUUCAGCUGGGCGAGCUUUACAUCUCAAUGAAGGAGUACGACAAGGCUGAAUCUUUGCUCUCGAGUGAGCUUAAAAACGAUAAAUCGUUGGACGACCUGACUCAGCUACAGUACAAAACUAAGUUGUCGAUGUUGUUGGCACAAGCCCGCGAAAAAUCGGGGAAUUUACCUGGGGCUUUAACAAUUCUGAGGGAAGCCAGGGAGAAUCAGAAUCGGGUCAGGAAGCGCCUGGCGGUGGAACAAACAAACGUUCCGGAAGACGAAAUAAAGCUUCUCCUGGACAUUGGGGUGAAACUGGCCGAGAUCGCCGCGACUUUGAAAGACAACGAUAAAGCGGUGCAGUUUUACAAAGACGCGCUGGAAAUUUCGCCCAGUAGUACCGAAAUUUUGACGGCUUUGGCCAAACUAUACAUGCAGAUGAAUGAAUUAGACUCGUGUCAGCAAAUAUGUACCAACAUCCUGUCUCUGGACCCAGAAAAUGAAAAUGCGUCGGUCAUGAUGGCUGAUAUAGCCUUCAGAAAGAUUGAUUUUGACAUGGCUCUGUUCCACUUCACCCAACUGAUCUCCAAACAACCGACCAACUGGACGGCUCUGGUGCGUCUAGUCGAAGUGAUGAGGCGCACAGGGAACUUAACCGACUUCCCCGAAUAUUUGACAAACGCCGAGAAAAAGACGCAAAACCCGGUGAAAGACCCCGGGUUUUUGUUCUGUACCGCUCUGUACCAGUGGUACUCCGGUAACUUGAAUGGGGCUUUGCGCAACUUCAAUGCCUCGCGUCAGGAUGCCACAUGGGGGCAACAGGCCUUGUACAACAUGAUUGAAAUUUGCCUGAACCCUGACGAUGAGAUGCUUGGCGACCAGUUUGUCGAUUCGGAGGAUAUAGAGUACCGGGAUUCUCGCAGCAUGGCUUUGAAGACCGCGGAACGGCUGUUACGCGAGCUGAAGCACCGGCUUGAAGCUGGUGGUGAUGACAUGCUGCGGUAUAGGCUUUUGGUUAAUUUCCGCCUCCUGGCGACUCAGGAGAAGUACAACAUUGAGAAGGGGCUUGAGGAUUUUAUUUCGUUGGGUUCGCAGAACAUGUACAAGGAUAAUGUGGGGCCGGUUUUGGGUAUGGUGACGGCUUACACCUUGCUGAAGCAGUCGCAGAGAGCGAAGAAUCAGCUGAAGAGGGUGGCGAAAGCCACUUGGACUUUCGAAGACGCGGAGUAUUUGGAACGGUGUUGGUUGUUGCUGGCUGAUUACUACAUUCAGUCGUCGAAGUACGACGUGGCGAAUGAUUUGUUGACCAAAGUGGUUCAGCACAAUAAGACGUGCAGUAAAGCGCACGAGCUGCUGGGGUUCAUUUGCGAGAAGGAGCAGCAUUUUAAGGACGCGGUUGUGAGCUAUGAAGCCGCUUGGCGUUUCGGCGGGAAGACGAACGUGGGGAUCGGGUACAAGUUGGCUUACAGCCUCAUGAAGAGUAAAAAUUAUGCCGAUGCGAUCGAUGUCGGGCAACAGGUGUUGAAGUUAAGCCCCGAUUAUGGCAAGAUCAAGAAGGAUGUGCUCGACAAGUGCCUGAAUAAUUUAAGGGUUUGAAGGCCGGCCGAUAAAAUUUAUAGCUUUUAUCAAAGGAACUUAUUGUUAUUUGCAAACCGAUAAAUUUAACUACCAGUUAGUAAUAAAUGUUGGCGCAGCAUAUAUAGAGUAGUGUUAGAUUGAGCCGUCCACUGCGAAUUUCGGUGUCUCGGCAUUGUGAUUGAUCAAAUUAAUAAAUAGUGUCUCGAUUCCC